GGUGCAAUUUAAAAUGCAAAUGCAAAGCAUAUAAAAAUCAACAUUGAAAUAUUUACUUCAUUAUUUAUAUUUAAUUAAAAUUAUUACUUACAAUUGGUAACCUUUUUUCACAAAUAAAUAAUGGAUAAUCAGAAAAGUGAUAAUCCUCCUGCAAGCACCAAUACCAUUUCUAUUCCUAUCACACAAGAACUCCAUGCAAACCCAGAGGAAGACGAGACAUCUAUAACUUCUAGAGAAAUAUGUGCUCAAAGAUUAGAUUUACCUGAAACUCAAACCGAUACUAUGGUACCAAGAAUCAAACUUGAGAACGAAGAAUCGUUAUUCAAUGCUGGAACAUCGUCAAUACCUCCAGUACUAAUUAAACGAUUAGAAGCUCCAAUAACUAAUCAACCGUUACGAAUAUCGUCUUUACCCUCUCCUAUGUCCUUAAACAUGCCUUUAUCGAACGCACCACUGCCAUUAUUCUUGCAAGCAUUAGCUAAAUUAAACGAGAGCUCCUUAAGUUUAGUUAUGGCUGACAAAAGGAUCAAUAAUCCACAACUUUGGUUCAAUACCAGGAACUAUUCAGAAAUUACUCCCCCAGAUUCACUGAUAAGUGCUCCCCCAUCCUACUCGUUUGUAUUAAGACAAAUGGCAGUACGAAGAAGGCCUAGAUUGAUGGGAACUUUUAUUCCUUCUCCAUCAUACAUUCAGCACACCCCGCCGCCUAAUUAUGCAACGGCGUUUGAUAUUUACGUUGAUAAUCCUUUACCACCUCCUCCAGCGAGAGUUUAUAACUUUGGUUUUACACCAAUGGCUAUUGUUUGCCCUGAGUGUGGUUACACGGGGAUGACUGUAGUGGCAAGCAAAAUAACCCUUUGCACUCACUUAUGCGCUUGCAUACUAUGUUUGCUAUGCUGCUGGAUAUGUGCCCCAUUACCAUAUUUGUUAAGAUCCUGUAAAGACGUCUACCAUUAUUGUAGAAAUUGUCGGAACUUCUUGGGAAUGUAUUGCCCGACUAACCCAGAAAGCGCUUAUCCAUAAACAACUUUGGUAAGAGGUUUUUAGAAAAGGAGGAGAAAAAUAGCGAGCAAAC